AUGAAGGUUCCAGCUCUGGAUUUCUCAGAUGUCGUCCCCUUUCCAGGCUUCGACGUCUCAAGCACACUGCCAUUUCCCUACAGGCCCUUUCGAGCAGGGAGGUAUACAAUGACUAUGGGUAUUCGAAAGAUGCCGGAGGACGAUUGGCUUGUGAUUGACAACUUGUAUCUGCAAGAACAGGAAUUGAGAAGACAUCUUCUCCGCACUAAUCGGGAAGGGGUCCUGCAAUGUCUUCCGAAAGCAGAGGAAGCAUGCAAAGAAGCACUACAGGCCAUCGUCGAUUUCUUGACAAAGAGAUUCCCAUUGCAUUUUCAACUUCCAAAGGACAGACCAGGAUAUAUUCACAACGCCAUCACAGACAGGACAUUCAGGAUCGCAGAACCAUUGCAACAACAUCCCUUGGAAAUUGCUGCGCAGCUGGUAAUGGAGGAUAUCAACUUGUUGAUGCAGGGAGUUGGAGAGCAUCCAAAUGAGUAUUACUUACAGGCCAGCUACUCGAUGGCUCCAGCUGGUUGGUAUAUACAAGAGCGUAUAGGAUGGCCAUUGUGGAGGAUUCAUCACCCUGUGCCGAUGUGGAAUGAAAAGCUCAGAAAACCUAUGGAGAAGUUCUUUCUCGGGCUCAAGGUAUCCAGCCCUGUCCAGAGAAACAACUACUUCAUGCAGAUGGACGAUACGAUGUUUCAACAAGACCCUUUCCCAGACUCGUGGCCAUGUCCACCGAAGAUAGAAGACAUUCGGAUUCGACACGAAAGACAAACAUUGCGCAGACUACCCCGCACCAGGGCUGUAAUGUUCAUGGUGCGAACAUACUUGACGCCAGUGACAGAUCUGGUGGACGAGAAAGACAAUCUUUGGGCCUUCAGAGAGGCAAUAAGAGCGUGGCCGUUAGAAAUGGCAAAGUACAAAGGAAGACAUGUUUGGGGUAAAGUCUUUGAGGAUUGGUGUCAAGAAGUGCUUGGAGACUAUGUUCCAAGUGACGAUGGUGAUGUAGAAAGGUCAAGAUCGCUGGGUGCGGCAUGA